AUGCCACCCAAGCCCAAGAAAGGAAAGAAGAAGGUGGCCGCGGCCCCUUUGGUGGCCAAAAAGGUUGAACCUAAAAAGGUUGUUAACCCACUGUUUGAGAAGAGGCCAAAGAAUUUUGGUAUUGGCCAGGAUAUCCAGCCUAAGCGAGACCUCAGCAGAUUUGUGAAAUGGCCCAAGUAUAUUCGCCUGCAGAGGCAAAAGGCAGUCCUUUACCAGCGUCUCAAAGUUCCACCUCCAAUAAAUCAGUUCACUCAAGCGUUGGACAGACAGACUGCUACUCAGCUGUUCCGUUUGAUGGACAAGUACAGACCUGAGUUAAGGAAACAAAAGGAGGCCAGGCUUCAGAGCCGUGCUGAAGACCGUGUCGCUGGCAAGGCAGACAAGCCCACAAAACGACCCCCAGUGGUGCGAUCAGGAAUCAACACAGUGACAGCUUUAGUGGAGUCAAAACGAGCACAGCUGGUUGCCAUUGCUCACGAUGUGGACCCUAUUGAGAUUGUCCUCUUCCUGCCAGCCCUGUGCCGUAAGAUGGGCGUCCCAUACUGCAUCGUGAAGGGGAAAGCUCGGCUAGGACAGGUUGUUCACAGAAAGACUGCAACCUGCCUAGCAUUUACACAAGUCAACCCAGAGGACAAACCUGCUUUGAGCAAGCUGACUGAAGCUAUCAAGACCAACUUCAAUGACAGGAGUGAUGAGAUCCGCAGACAUUGGGGCGGUGGUCAGAUGGGCUCCAAGUCACAGGCGCGUAUAGCCAAGCUGGAAAAAGCCAAGGCAAAAGAGGUUGCGCAGAGGGUUGGAUAG